AUGUCAUCGAGCGAUGAUGACGUACCACUCGCAGUUGUUGCAGAAAAGGUGAAGCAAAAGAGCGAAGUGGUUGAUAAGAGAAGGCCGAAGAAGGAUGUGAAGAAGAGGAAGAUUGAAACCGGACUCCAGAAUCUGAGGAGAGCGAUCGCGAUCAAAAGAGGAGGAGGCGUAAGAAGAGGAAGCCCAACACUCCAGAGAUUUGCUCUCAGAAGAGCAGCCCGUCCGAAACCUGUUCCUGUACCGAUUCAGCAGAUCAAUGAGAAAGGAGGAGAGGGUGAAGUGGUCAACGGAGCUGGAUCAGAGAGCGGCUCCGACAAAGAAGGAAGCAAACCGUCUACCUCAUCACCGGAUAAUACCGAAACAAGAAAGACGAUUUGGAAACGGAAAAGAAAAGGAAACUCUCAACCGACAGUUCAUCGAGGGACAGUGUACGAAGUAAAAACAAGUCAAGUUCUUCCUCAGCUGAUGAGUCAGACAAAGAAAUUUCAGAAAAAGCUGUAUAAUUCGAAAGGAGAAAAAGAAGGGAAAGAGAAGAGAUCGGAAGAUAAUGGAAGUGAGAAACCCAACAGAAGGAAGAAAAUGAGUCGAAAGGAGGAAAAGACUAUGAAGCAUCACGGAUCAUCGUCGGAGGAAGAUGAGGAAGAAACAGAAGAGAAGUGGUAA